AUGUCCGACUCUCUGAAAAUCGUCAAAUCCCAACGCGGAAGAAACGAAUUUUCUCACGGGGGACACCGUCAUGUGUUCGACAGGUUGAGCUCGGAACACGGAACCGAGUUCUGGCGAUGCCACUUCAGGAAAUCGUGCAAGAUUCGCUUGCAUCGUCUUGUUUUCUCCGGUGAAGCUGUCAGCGUCUCAGGCACGCACAGUGAUCCUUCUGACGCGGCCGCCGUCGAAGUCGCCGUCAGAAGGACAACACUGAAACGCCAUGCCGUUGAAAGUUCAGAGACUCCCGUUCAAUUCAUCGACAGCAUCCAACAAGGCGCAUCGUCGGCCGUGCAGAUGCAGUUUCCGUCGAAGCGCGUCUUAGCGGAGAGGCUGAAUCGAGCGCGGGAAGCGUGCGCUAGUGCCACCGCUCUUCCUGCCGAUCGGAGUUCGAUAAUAAUUCCAGACGAGUAUCCGGUGAACCACGCAGAGCCGGGACGCUCGGAGAAGUCCCUCAUCGGAGAUUCAGGCUACGGCGUCGACGACCGAAUCCUCAUCUUCGGCCGUGAAUCUGUCGCCGACUGGAUCGGUUUCGUGGAUGAAAUCUACGUCGACGGUACGUUCACCGUGGCGCCAACACUCUUCCAGCAGGUUCUCGUCGUUCUCGCGAAACGUUUUGGGUCCGUUUCCCCGAUCUGCUACGCUCUCUUGCCCGACAAGAGUCAAGCUACCUACUCGCGAAUGAUUGAGCUGCUUCGUACGGCAUGGCCACAGUUCAAUCCUACGCCGGUAUCUCUUGACUCCGAGCUCGGAUUGAUAAAUGCCUUCGAAAACUCAUUUCCGAACGCCCGGAAGGAUGCUUGUCUCUCCCAUCGGGUCAAGGAUAUGAAGUUGAAGUUGGUGGAACUCGGACUCAUGGAACGUUUCGAUCGUGACGACGACUCCGCCCUGUGA